GUAAGAACCGAGAGUCCAAAACGAGCCUAUUAAAAACCGGGAUUUAAAUAAACAGGAGUGAAGACCUCAAUGGACUAACUUAUAAAAUCUCGUCAGACGCGUGGACUCUUGACUGUCCGUGGUACGAGAGUGCUGUAGUGUUUGUUCACUAUGUGGAAAAACGGUUUUCCAGGGAAUUGUCGGCCAUAUGCAGCGAAACCACGCCCGGAGUGGAGACUUUAACACGGGGGCAACACCAUUCAUGCAAAUAUUCCCAACCACAAGUUCACGGACAGGAGACUUUCGUACGGUCUAAAGAGGAACUAACGUUACUGCGUCGUAUUGACUUUCAGUAUUGAACGUCAAAUAUAAAAACAGUCUGUAGUGGAGUUAUUAAAUACAAAGGAUCUGCUGUUUUUCUCAGUGAUUUAACAGAUACACCGCAUCAGGAUUUCAGCCACUGUUACAUUUUGAAUACGGUUUCUGUAAUAUUUGACUUUCGUUUUCCAUCCGCUGCAGAAAUAUUAGGGUUAUAAAUGACGAUUUAUGGUUUGGAUUGUCUCCUCAGCGCGGCAGGGAAUCUCUUUCUCUGGCUUUAUCUAAACGAUUGCAUUAGAGUCGGGGCUGAUGUUCUUUCGAUGGAAUUGCUGAAAAGCUCCAAACUGUAAAUUGCCGCGGAGAAUCAUGACGCUGGACAACAUCAUGACGUGCUGCCUCAGUGAGGAGGCGAAAGAAGCGCGACGGAUCAACGACGAGAUCGAGCGGCAGCUCCGCCGCGACAAGAAAGAGGCUCGGCGCGAGCUCAAACUGCUUCUGCUAGGAACUGGAGAGAGUGGGAAAAGCACCUUUAUUAAACAGAUGAGGAUCAUUCAUGGCUCAGGCUACUCAGAUGAAGACAGGAGAGGCUUUACCAAGCUGGUCUACCAAAACAUCUUUACAUCGUUGCAGGCCAUGAUAUGGGCAAUGGAUGCUCUCCAGAUCCACUACAAAUAUGAACAUAAUAAGGCCAAUGCAAACAUUGUCCGAGAAGUAGAUGUAGAGAAGGUCUUUUUAUUCGUCAAUCCCUAUGUAGAUGCCAUCAGGAGUUUAUGGAAUGACCCAGGAAUUCAGGAGUGUUAUGACCGGAGGAGAGAAUACCAACUCUCCGAUUCCACAAAAUAUUAUCUAAACUCACUGGAUCGCAUUGCCGAACCUUCCUAUGUUCCAACCCAGCAAGAUGUGCUCAGGGUUAGAGUGCCCACAACAGGGAUCAUUGAAUACCCCUUUGACCUACAGAGUGUCAUAUUCAGGAUGGUAGAUGUAGGAGGGCAGCGGUCAGAAAGGAGGAAGUGGAUCCACUGCUUUGAAAACGUCACCUCCAUCAUGUUCCUGGUAGCACUCAGUGAAUAUGACCAAGUUCUGGUUGAGUCUGACAAUGAGAAUCGAAUGGAGGAAAGCAAAGCAUUGUUUAGGACGAUAAUAACAUACCCCUGGUUCCAGAAUUCAUCAGUUAUUCUUUUUCUGAACAAAAAAGACCUUUUGGAAGAGAAAAUAUUGUUUUCACACCUUGUAGAUUACUUUCCUGAAUAUGAUGGACCCCAGAGAGACGCUCAAGCAGCACGGGAGUUCAUCCUGAAGAUGUUUGUCGACCUGAAUCCAGACUCCGAAAAGAUCAUUUACUCUCAUUUCACCUGCGCCACUGACACAGAAAACAUCCGAUUUGUGUUCGCUGCUGUCAAAGAUACCAUCUUGCAGCUCACACUGAAGGAAUACAAUCUAGUCUGAACAACAGCCGGUGACGGUUUUGUCAUUGUCUAGCCCAGUUAAAAGACUCGUCAGUCUGCAGCUAAAGUCUGCCGUAAUGCUGUGAUCUGCUUUAACUGUUUGAGCAGUCCGCUGAUUCUGCUCUGAAAUUGGACAUACAAGUUUUUUUUUAUCUGUAACACAAGCUGCUCACUGCUUCGUCAUUAUUUAUUUGCACCCUCGGAGCUACUUCACAGGGUUCAACUCGAAUGUUAUGAUUCCAUUUUAAUGAAAACCAUUGUUAUUGAUAUUUCUAUUAAGGUUUAUUCUGUAAUAGGUUAUUUCUGGUUUCAAGUUGUAUUCAUUAAACUGUUUGCUAUAAAUGUUAUGUAGAUUUCUGCAACUUGGACAUAUUAGUUAUUCUGUGUGGUGAGGUCUUUAGAAAGCAAUGAAAGUACUUAUAUGGUAUUGUAAUGUGGUAUUUCUUUUUAUAAGAGUCAGGGCAAGCUUAGUAUAUAAGGGUCUUUUCUCAUUUCCAAGCCACAUGCAUUGAUGAAGAAUAUAUAGCAGCUAGUUUACAUGAACAUUUACAUUACAAGUGCCAAAGUUCUUCUAAUGUGAUUGUUUUAUAUAUUGCCAAACUAAUAAUCAUACCACAGGCAAUAAGUUGCCCUUGCCAGUAUCGUUAGUUUUUAUACCAUACCAGCUCUUCGCAUGUAUUUCUUGUGUUCUUGGAACAGAUUAUUGUACAUCUGCUGUUCAUGACCUGAUCUGUUAAGAUGACCAGUGUUCUGUUACAUCAAGCCUGAAUGAUGUGCCAAGAGAGCCUAUUCCUGUGCAUCCUUAUCUUAAACUACAAAUGUACCAUUCAGAGAUUUUCUGUAACACUUGCAUACAUUUAGAUUUUUUUCGCAAUAAAUUACCCAACCGAUGUUCUCUGUGAGGCAAUGAUGCUCUUACUGGUGUUGUACUGAAUUGACAGUGUGGUAAGUGUGGUGUAAUCAAGCUUUGGUCAAUA